UAAUUGUAAAGCUCUGAAGACUGAAUAAUAAUUCGCAUCACAAUUCGUUUUAUUUUGGACAAUUUGUUUUGAACUCCGUCUGCUCCAACCUCGAGAAGAUACCUCGAGAAUAUGAACCAGCUAGUUUUGCUGACUUCGGUAUUGGUGGUCUGUUCUAUCGCAACAGACCCGAUCGUGAAUGAUUCCAAGAAUUAUUUGGUCAGACUUCGAAGGGCAGCAGAAGAGACUAAAGAGGAAGAGGAAGUUGUUGUAAAUUAUUGUCCUACUGAUUAUCCCAACGUCUACUACAACGGACAGUACUGUUGUAAAUCCAACAUGGAGAAGUUCAACAAGGCUCAGGGUGCCCAAUGUGACGGCAGUGUGAUUCAGAGAGACAGUUUGUGUUGCGCGGGAGACAAGUACACGUCGUGCCCCGGUGAAAACUGUGUGAGCAGUGGUCACAAGUUUACAGAUGGUGCACGUAUAAGUCUGGGUUGCUGGAGGGACGGUUGGAAUCGAGCAAUCAGUGGCGGUAUAAGAUUCACAGGAUCAAUUGAAAAAUGUGAAAAAUUUGCCAUAGAUAACAGUCUCAAGGUCUUUGCCGUUCAAAAUGGAGAAUGCUUUACUGCAGAAGAUGCUGGCCAGACUUACCAAAAAUAUGGCAAAGCUGGUAAUUGUAAGGACGGCAAGGGCGGUGGUUUCGCUAACGAUGUCUAUCAAGUUGGAGAAAGUCAAUCUAGAAAUGAUGACGGUAUAGUAGAAAAUCCUGUAAAAAAUGCCAAGUACAGCUUAGGCAAGGACUUCGAACCGGGAGAUUUUAUAGAUGUCCAUGGAAUCUAUAAUUCUAGAUCCGAAUUUGGCAUCAUUGACAUCUUUGAUGGAAGUGACAACAUUCUAAUUCACAUCCUCAUUAAACCAGGCUGGCAGCACAUAUAUCUAAAUUCGAGAUUUGGUGGAGGGUUUGGAAAUCCACAGUAUGAUUGUGAACUUCCAAAGACAUUGCAAUCAAACGAGGAUUUCGUCAUGAGAAUAGUUAUGAUGGACGAACUUUACAAAAUAUUUGUCAAUGGAGUGAAUCUCUCACAUAAAUUCCCAUAUCGAGCACCGAUUUCUACAUCGAAAUACAUCGUGAUCAGGGGCACGGAUGGCUUCAAAUGGAACAAAUUUAUUUUACCACGAACGGAAAAAGCUGAACAAUAUAAGGAAUUUAGAGCAUUUCAAUCAAGCAUUGAAGGACUAAAAAAGGUAAUUCUGAAGAAUGUAGUUGGACAAAGCCUUUUGGACGUCAAAUCAUAUGCUAGCUCAACUCAGGGAUCACUUGACGUCUUCCAAUGGUGGCUCAAGAAACAAAUCCUUGAAAAUGAAAAAGGCGGUGUUCUACAGUUUGGUGACGAGACAGUUGACUGGAUUCUAGCAAACAGAGAAGCAUUAGAAAUGUUCAUGACCUCAGGAGAUAUAAAAGGCAACAAAUAUCAAGAGGCUCUGGAAAUACUAAGAGACCUGAUCCAAGAAGAUCCUGCCAUCAAAGAGGAAGCCCUGAGACUCAGACUCGCUGUUGCCACUGCCAUCGUCUUUUCAUCACCAGUAGAUGGAUUCGGCUUUAAACGACGCAAAAUCGAUUGGAUGUCAAGGUACCAUACCUACAUGAGAUGGAGUCAAGAAGGUAUUUUGUACUCUCCAUUCUAUGAAGGAACUGCUUGGCAUCUCCGUUUUGUAGUUCACUCACGAUCAAGAGAGGAAGAGCAUCUUUGGGUACGAGAAAACACUCCAGAGGGAUUUGAUAACCCAAACAAAAUAGGUGAUGCAUGCCAUCAAAUGAUUAGCUACAAAAUGAAUAACGAUGACGGAGUUUCAAUCCACCCUCACACUCUCCGAUACUAUUACUACGUUCCAAUAAAUCUGAAAGCAUGGCAUGAUAUUGGAGGCGUCUGUGGUUCAAUAUCAACAAUGGCUGCAGGGAUGUGCCACGCAUAUGGAGUACCAGCCGCAACUGUAGGGCAGCCUGGUCACUGUGCUUACGUAUGGUAUAGAAAUGGCAACUGGCAACUAGGAAACAGCGUCUCUGAUUGGGCGGAAACGUUUCAUGGCGACAUGUAUAUGGGUCGAGCGUAUUUCUUUCCAGUGAUGAAUGAAGCUCAAAAGAACCUUGAGGGUUACAGACUGUCUGAAAAAAUGAGAAUCAUCAGUCGGCUGGCGAAUCCUGAAGAUCGAUUUGAAAUAUUGGAGGAUGCUACAACAGAAUGCCCGUACAACUUCGCUGUGUGGCUUGAUCUGGAAGGUGCAAUAGACGAACCGAAUCUGCAGAAAGAAACAGUACAAAAUGUACUGUUACCAACCCUUUUGAAACAGCAGGAAAAAGAAACACAGGUUUCGGACAUUGCCAGGGAAAAGGUUGGCACGUCUGAGUGCUUUGGGGAUGACAGAAUGAAAAAGCUUCUUGUUGGUCUUGGCAGUGUUCAGUGCAAAGAUCAAGAAACAUUUGAUUUUGAAGUAGAUUUGGGGAAGCCUUCAACAAUAAAGGAGGUUAAGAUUAAGUGGAUUGGAUUUAAUAGGGGAGUUGAGUAUGGUAUCUAUGCUCUGGGCGAAGAUAGUGACUACGUUCUGGUAAGAACACACAAGGAUGAGAAAGUCGAAGGAUGGUGGUACCCUUUGAUUACUCUUGAUGGAUGGGACAUGACAACUACUAAAAUAAAAUUUCACAUGACAAAAAAGGGCGGAAGAGCGAACUCCUUUGCCAUCACAAAAUUAAUUGUCAUGGGAGUUUGCCACGAUUUUCCUGAUGACAUGUCGAAGGGUAAGCCGGUAAAAGCAAAUCCUGGUAGUUCAGAUCCUGUUACUCUGGUGGAUGGUACUAACUCUACCAUAUGGAACGGAAACAGUGAGACUAGCUGGUUUGAGAUUAAUCUCAAGAGAAUUUGCGCUCUAGAUGACAUAGAAUUCUUUUGGGUUGAUGGUGCGAAACCAGAAAAUGUUAAAGUCGUAUAUAAAGUGGGGAGUGGCCAAGAUGCUCAAAAAUUGGGAGAAGAUCCUUUUGAAAAGGUACCUCUAUCUAUGGACUGUGGCACAACAGUGAGAGUAGAAAUGUCUGGUGGUAACGCAGCACUGAAAGGAGUCAAAGCUUGUGGAAUCUCACACACCGCAAAAAAUAUCCUAAAAAUGAAGGUCAGCAAUGCCUACAAAGACUUUUACAACGUCGAAAUGUUCUUGUAUACGUCCAUCAACAACAUGACGUACGAGGAUUAAAGAAGAAGCACACUAUUUUAAAAAACCGUACUAGCAUUUUUAUUUUUGGGUAAAAACUUUUAAAAUAUAGAGCUUAAAAUUAUUUUUAUUAUUUUCAUCGUGUGGGUCUUAUUAUUUAGCAAUUCUAUAUUUAAUAUCAACUGGUACAUGUAUUUCUUUAAAAAAUUUUACAUUUUAAAAA